GUCAGCUCCUAACCAGACCACCACCAACCAAAACCCCAACUCUCUCUCUCUCUCUCUCUCUCUCUCUCUCUCUCUCUCUCUCUAAAAUGAAUGCAGACGGAUGAGCCGCCUGCAAAGCCUGAAAAGAAACCACGCCUGCCCAUUUUCUCUCGUUCGUAGUCUGUUUUGUAGCAGGCGUAGCCGUAGUCAAGAACGCAGAAACAAGUCAAAACAGAAAAGUGCAUUUAAAAACAGGCCAUAGAAGAAAACGAUGAUGAGUUAUUCGGCCGAAAUGCUCGAGACGGUGAAGUACCUGAUCGGGUCGAUCGGACCGAGUGGAUACGGCUCCAAGUCGACGGCCGAGCAAGUUACGGAGUGCUGCCCCGAUCUGAGCUCCGUCACCGCCAUCAUCACAGGUGCCACGUCAGGGAUCGGAGCCGAGACGGCACGUGUGUUGGCCAAGCGCGGCGCUAGGCUGAUCCUUCCGGCUCGGAGCCUCAAAGCUGCGGAGGACGCCAAAGCCCGUAUCGUAUCGGAGUUUCCGGACACCGAGAUUUUUCUCAUGGCUCUUGACCUCAGUUCUCUUAGCUCCGUUCGAAGCUUCGUUGCGGAGUUCGAGUCUCUCCAUUUACCCCUCAAUCUCCUCAUAAACAACGCCGGAAAAUUUUCGCAUGGGCAUGCUAUCUCCGAUGACGGAAUAGAGAUGACCUUUGCAACCAAUUACUUAGGUCACUUUUUGUUGACGAAGUUAUUACUGAAGAAGAUGAUGGAAACGGCAAGGGCCACCGGCGUCCAGGGGCGGAUAGUGAACGUUUCGUCGAGCAUUCACGGGUGGUUCGCCGGGGACGUAAUUCGUGAUCUCGGGAUGAUUACCAGAAAUAAAUGCGGUUACGAUGCUACACGUGCAUAUGCUCUCUCGAAGCUGGCUAACGUUUUGCACACCAAGGAACUCGCUCAGAGACUCAAGGAGAUGGAAGCAAACGUGACUGUGAAUUGUGUUCAUCCGGGGAUCGUUAGGACCAGACUCACCAGAGAUCGCGAAGGCUUCAUUACAGAUUUGGUUUUCUUCUUGGCUUCCAAGCUCUUGAAAAGAAUUCCCCAGGCAGCUGCGACGAGUUGCUACGUUGCUACCCAUCCAAGGCUUUUGAACGUGAGCGGAAAGUACUUUGCGGAUUGCAACGAAGCUUCAACAUCUAAAUUGGGAUCCAACUCGUUCGAAGCCGGGAGGUUGUGGUCCGCCUCCGAGCUCAUGGUUUCCCGAUACUCGGAAGCAGUUUUUGACUGAAACUGCAUACUACAGCUAGUACUGAAGCGUGUUGCGUGUAGUUGAAGAGUAUAUGAGAAAUAGAGGUUGCUGAAAGAGGAGAGAGAUUAGUAAAUAGAGACAGUCGCGUAUAGAGCUUUUUGUCAAUAUAUACUACAGUAGUAUAUUGUACAAGUUUUGAAGUGUGAUUACAAAAUGUAUGAUUAUAUUUAGUAUCUUAUAUAUGGUUUU